ACAUGGCGGCGGCGGCGAAGGUUGUAUAUGAACAAGAUGGAGUAUUUAUUCAUGCAUGCUCUGAAAGAAUUGGUGAACAAGAUACACUUCCAGGAAUACUGAGGUUGAUUGAUAAGGGUACUGGGGCUGUAGUGGAUUGGUCACCAGUGGAUGACUCUCUGGAUUCUUCAAACAUUUUUUGUGCAGGCAAGGAUUCUAGUUCAGUUGUCGAAUGGAAUCAAUGUCCGAAAGAAAGAUCUUCUAGGAGUACAAUGAAUCAAAUCAGCUGUGAAGCUGAAUGGGACAUGGUUAAUACCGUUACUUUCAAAAAGAAAUCCUUUAUAAAUGGUGAUGAUGAUUCAACAUAUAAUAUGAAUAAAAGAAGUAAAUGGGCAUUUUCCUUCAGUCUGACUGACCUGAAAUCCAUUAAAAAAAAUUCAAAAGGCAUGGGCUGGUCAUACAUGGUGUUUUGUCUUUGGGAUGAUACCUUUCUGCCAGCUCUUCAUUUCCAUCAUGGAGGCAGCACAAUUCUACUGCAGUGCCUUAAACGAUAUGUUCUUCUUAGUGAAUCAUCACAUGAUGACCAAGUACUCCAUGUUGCAUACAACAGUAAAGCACUUUCUCAGUCUUUUGAGAACUUGUUCGAAGAGAAUGCAGUUGGCUUAGUGCAAAAAUUCAAGAAGGAUCCAUAUACAACAACAUUAGGAGGUUUUUCAAAAGUUACAAACUACCUUAUGUAUGCAUUUCGUGGUUAUGAUGUAACAUCCCAACAAAGACCUGCAUCUGAAAUGGAUCUUAAUGAAUCUAUUUCAGGCCUGGAAAUUAAUCAUCAGGAGGAGCCAGGUUUUGAAGUUAUUACACGAAUUGAUCUUGGCAUAAGACCUGAAAUUCAAAGAGGAGAACCAGUUUCUAUUGAGAGGUGGUCACAAUGCAUGGAUGCAGAAGGAAAAGUCCUAGACCCAGAAAAUGUGAAAAAAUUGAUAUUCAGGGGGGGUCUUUGUCAUGCAGUAAGAAAAUUGACUUGGAAAUUUCUUUUAAAUUACUUCCCGUGGGAUAGUUCAAAAGAAGAUAGAAGAUUGUUAAUCAAAAGAAAAACAGAUGAAUACUUCAGGAUGAAGCUUCAGUGGAAGUCAGUCAGUGAAGAACAAGAAAAAAGAAAUACAAGAUUGAAAGAUUACAAGAGUCUUAUAGAGAAAGACGUCAACAGAACAGAUAGAACAAAUCCCUUUUAUGAAGGGCAUGAAAAUCCUGGAUUGAUUUUAUUGCAUGAUAUAUUAAUGACCUACUGCAUGUAUGAUUUUGAUCUUGGGUAUGUUCAAGGAAUGAGUGAUUUGCUUUCUCCCAUAUUGUAUGUUAUGGAAAAUGAAGUGGAUGCCUUUUGGUGCUUUGUUGCUUUCAUAGAACAAAUGCAUUGCAACUUUGAGGAGCAAAUGCAAGGCAUGAAAACAGAAUUAUCCCAGCUGAGUACAUUAUUAAAAUUGCUAGAUUUGGCGUUCUGGAAUUAUCUUGAAUCUCAAGAAUCUGGAUAUCUCUACUUCUGCUUCAGGUGGCUUCUGAUACGGUUCAAAAGAGAGUUCAACUUUCAAGAUACUCUUAGACUCUGGGAGGUUAUGUGGACUGGAUUGCCUUGCCAGAAUUUUCAUCUGUUGAUAUGCUGUGCUAUACUAGACUCUGAAAAACAGAAGAUAAUGGAAAACCAUUAUGGCUUUAAUGAAAUUCUAAAGCACAUCAAUGAACUUUCUUUGAAAUUGGAUGUAGAAGAAGUACUUUGUAAAGCAGAGGCAAUUUACUGUCAAAUGAUGAAAUGUAAGGAUUUGCCACAAGCUGUUGGUGAAAUUCUCGGCCUAAAGGACAGCACAACUAUAACCCCUGAUUUGGAAAUCAAUGCAUCUGAGUCAGGAGUUACCAAAAAUUCCUGGAGGGCAAGCCAUUCUGUUUCGGCGGUGUCCUUAACACAGACAAAUGAAGACUUAGCUGAACAUACGAGCACUGCUCAGAAUGGGCGCAAGGCAACAACUGUAGAAUGAAGUUGAAAUCUGAAAUUUUGUGACUCUAGCCAAGUGAGAUGCCACAAUUUGUUUACUUUUUUUUUGCAAAAGUCUUCAUAGAUAACAUAUCAGUAUUUGGAAUGAUCUGUGGUUUUAGAUAUGUUUAAGGAAAGAAAGUACAGGAUUGGUAUGAGAAAUGCCCUGCUGCAGUUCCAAAUGUUUUUUAAAAAAUGAAUGCAAAGAAAAUUUAAUUUUUCUAAUUACUUAAAACCAUAAGGGCCUUCAUAUAGAAAUGAUUUUUCAGACUUCCUCGUGUCAAACAUGAAUGUUGAAUGGGAAUGAGGUUUUGUUUCAUAUUAAGAAAAAAAUAAUUAUUUUGUUAAUUCAUGAAUGCUUAUCUAAUUAGUACCUAUGAUUUAAUUGAAAGAGGGUUUUCUCUCAAAAAUUCCUCCUGAAAUCAAAGACAUAAUUUUUUUUGUAGUUCUUAAAUAAGCUUUAUAACUAGCUUGUCUGAUCCACAUUGGUGCUUAAUGACUGUAUAAAAUGAGCACUUGGGUGUGAUAUUUCAUUCUUGAUCAAGUUUUGUGUGAGUUGAAGAUUUAGGAAAGCAAAUAUAGUGGAUGGAGGAUUUUGUCAGCUGUUGGUUAAGUCGUUAAAAAGUUCCACCGGACAUAUUUGUUCUUAAAAGAAAUCUAGUACUUUAGAACUACUCUACAGAUUUUGAAUUAGCUAUCCUGAUAGCUCUAACAAAAUUGAUUGCAAGUAUUUGUAAAAUAACCUGUGAACAUUCAAAUGAGACUUCAGCUUAAUACUGUAUUCUACAGUGUUGUGGAGGAAGAAAUUGCUUACAAGUUUCUCUGCUGUGAUACAUUAUACGCAGUAUUAAUUAAAGAAUAUUCACCACAUUGUAACAUUAAAUCUGAGACUAGAAGACCUGAAGUUAGUUGAUAGCAGGAGAGUUCUCUUCAGGGAUCCUGUAAGGUAUAGCACUGCUAGAGAUUGUCAGAACUGCCAAGAGAGUUAUUUUAAAUUGCAAUUAAUGGAAUGCUUAGCCUAAUAUUCCUUAUUAAAAUGCAAAACAAAAUUUUAUAAAUCUUCUAAUCAACUGAGAAUAUAUGUUGAAAAGCAUAUUUUUAAGCUACUGCAUUUCCCAUCCAUACUCUAAUGUAUGGUUAACAGUUAAAGCAUGUUCAAUAAAUGUAUAACUUGAUUUACUUUGAUUUUUACUAUAAUAAGAAAUGUACAGUGGCAUAAUUUCUAACGGUUGUAUAAAGCCUGAAAUUUUGUAUUCUGAUUGUGUACAAAAGUAAAUGUAAUAUAUAACUCUCCUUUCUAACAUAUGUACUGUGUUCACAAGGGACUAUUUUUAGUACAAAUAUGUUUUGUUGAAAAGGAAAUCCCUGUUUGCACUGCUUUUUAUUAUGGAAAACUGAAGAUCAUUUUACUUUACAAAGGCAUUAAAGUCAAGUACAUGGAAGAAAGGUGUAAAAUUACAUAAGUUUGUAUGCUACCCAUUAAUAUAAAUGUAACAAAGAAA